AAAUAUUGGGCAAUUUGACCGAUGAGACCACCAGCUAUGCCCCCAAUGGACCGACAGUGGUCCGCCAGCCUUUUGCUAUCUGGGCUUAGGCCUACUUGCAUAAACACUUACAUAAAUGACACACCUUUUUCAAAAGAACACUGUGUGGUUGAUGGCCUACAUUGCAUGCUAAAGUGCAUUAUGAGAUGUGCAUGUAACAUAUGUUGCCAUGCAAGACUUAGUACUGAACAUGAUGGUUCUAAGAAGCUGGAGUUGUAAAUGCACUUAUCUUGGCAGACACUGUUUAGAGAACUCAAGCUCACCAGUUAUCAGUAGCCUGGCAACCUGUCCUCUUGCCCUACACCAGGCUCACCUCAGUAGACAUCUUGGCAUCAACAAGACACGUGUUGUUGUUACACUUGUAGCAGUAUGAGCUGUAUUUGAAUAUAAACUUAACUUCUUACUUACUAACCUGUGAUUUGUAUGGCUCUGUUCUCAGUGUAUCUGUUUCUAUGAGAGUGAUUUCUUGUCAGAAAUGUAUUCUAACAAUCUCUAUAUAUAUACUUCCCCCCAGCAGAUUUUAUGUAUGUUCACUUAUUUCUGCUUGUCUGUUGUUACUGUCUUUGGUUAAAAGGUGAGGUCUAUGACUGAAUGGUUUAAAGGUACGGUCGUUGAACAUUGAGCUCAAACAUCAAUCACCUUUCACCAGGAUCAAUCAAAAUGACCCAACCCUCUCUGGAGGUGGUGUUGGAGCAGGAGUGCCCUUUGUUGUUGAUUGGCCAGUGCAGUGCAUGGCCUGGUCCAAACUACUUUGUUUUCCGUUUGACUGAAUAUGGAUUUUUAUCAGUGAGAAGGGGCCAGGCCAGCUAUUAUUUACAAAUGUCCCUAGACACGUGUGUGUGUGUGUGUGUGUGUGUGUGCGCGCACGUGCGCGAGAGAGUGUGCGUAUGAGUAACCACACUAGCUGUCUGUAGAUAAUGGAGGUAAAAGUUAUCAUGCCAUUUAUAAAUGAUUGAUCUGGGGGGGGGGGCACUGAGUUUUAAAGUACUAUUAAAUUGUAACAGUUAGCAAGCAAGAAGUGCUAUGAUCUUGGAGAGCUUGCUGUCGAAGCACUUACCAUGUUGAGCUACCUGUCCUUUUUAUCAACGCAGACAUGGACGCUACUCCUGCUGUUCCUGGGACUGUUCUUGGUGUAUGGAUACUGGCCUUAUGGAGUUUUCAAGAAAUUGGGAAUCCCUGGUCCAAAACCUGUGCUAUUUUUUGGAAAUAUGCUCAACUACAGAAAGGGUUUCCACUAUUUUGACUUAGAGUGUUUCCGGGCGUACGGAAGGAUGUGGGGAAUUUUUGAGGGUCGGCAGCCUAUUCUUUGCAUCAUGGACACAGAUUUGAUCAAAACUGUCCUGGUCAAGGAGUGCUACUCGUAUUUCACCAACAGACGGACUUUCGGCCUUGACGGGGAGCUGCACGAUUCCGUGUUUACUGCUAAAGAUGAAGACUGGAGAAGGAUCCGUAGUGUACUGUCUCCAUCUUUCACCAGUGGCCGUCUGAAAGAGAUGUUUGGGAUCAUGAAAAAACACUCACACACCCUGGUGAACAGCAUGAAGAAGGAUGCAGACCUGGGUAGACCAUCAGACACUAAAGAGUACUUUGGCGCUUACAGCAUGGACGUGGUCACCAGCGCAGCUUUCAGUGUGGACAUCGACUCCCUCAGUAACCCUAAAGACCCCUUUGUCUUCUACAUCAAGAAAAUGGUCAAGAUCGACUUCCUGAGCCCGCACUUCCUGAUUGCAGGUUUCUUUCCCUUUAUGGCACCCAUUCUGGAGAAAAUGGGCUUCACUUUUGUCCCCCCAUCUGUGACAGACUUCUUUUUUGCCGUCAUGAAAAACAUCAGAUCUGAGAAGCAGGGCAACUCUGACACGAAACGAGUGGACUUCUUACAACUGAUGAUAGACUCUCAGACUCCAAAGAAAGAUGACAAUGGUAUAGGAGGUGAAAGUUACAAAGGACUGAAUGAUCAUGAAAUUUUGUCUCAGUCGAUGCUCUUCAUCCUUGCUGGCUAUGAAACCAGCAGUACAACCCUGGACUUUCUGUUCUACAAUUUGGCCACAAACCCAGACGCCCUGAAGCAGCUCCAUGAUGAGAUUGAUGAAGUCUUCCCAGACACGGCUGAAGUCCAGUAUGAAGCCCUGAUGCAGAUGGAGUAUCUGGACUGUGUGAUAAACGAGACGCUGCGUCUGUAUCCACCUGCUGCUCGAAUCGAUAGAAUCUGCAAGAAGACCGUGGACGUCGGUGGUGUCAUCAUCCCCAAGGGAACUGCUGUCAUGGUGCCCAACUUUGUCCUUCAAAGAGACCCGGAACUCUGGACUGACCCUGAGAGAUUCAAACCAGAGAGGUUCAGUAAGGAGAACAAGGAGAGCAUUGACCCGUACUCUUACAUGCCAUUUGGACUCGGCCCCAGAAACUGCUUGGGGAUGCGCUUUGCUCUCGUCAGCAUGAAGCUGGCCAUCGUGGAGCUGCUGCAGAGGUUCACCAUCAGCACCUGUGCCGAGACAGAGAUUCCGCUGGAGUUGGAAACUGUGGGAUUUAUGGCUCCCAAAAGGCCCAUCAAGCUGCAGCUGGCUGCCCGGUCGCCUGUUGCACAGCUGAAUCCCAGAGGGUGACCGUCCAUCCAUAUGCUCUCGCUUACCAUUUAGAGUUGUCAAUAACACACUGUAUUGACUGUUGAUGUUACUUUAUUAUGUCAGGUGGGAGAAACAAAAUUCCUGUGAAUUUCACAUCUUAUCACAGAUUGGCGGCUGUUAAUAGUGGCGUUCUUUGCCUCAAAAAUAAAGCCAUUACACGUCUGUGAAUUUAAGGAUUUUAACCGCAUGCUAUGAUGUUACAUGCUGGUCUCUUUUACGGAGGAAACCCAUGCUAAAAUAAAACUCUGUAGUCACAAAUUUGAUCGUGUUGGUAUGAAUAUAUGUUGUAGUUGUAUAUGUUGUGAUUCCUACUGUGUAAAUAAAAUAUACAAAUGUCUUGGAAA